ACAGGACAGGAUUAAUAUAAUGGUGAUGGUGAUGGAUGGUUUGAACUUCUGGAAAUUGUUGAAAAUUAAAACGGAUGCCUAUAGACAUCACUUCCAGCAUCAUCAUCUUGAUGGGCCAAUUGCUAGCUUUAAGUAACGCCUUUCAAAUAACUUCACAGCCCACAUCGCAUCCCUUCCUCUCAUUCCAGACGAUAUCUGUUUGUCUUCACUCUUCAAACUUUGAUCCAUUCUCUUGCUCCAAAUAUCAGUCCUUCAAUCAGAUAUCGCCACGUCUUUUCUUGUGUGAAAGAAUUGAUGAUGCAAACAAUUUAUCCUCUUGUUAAAAGACGAUUGUUUCAACAAGUUCUAUACUCCAUUCUCUCUCUGAUCAACUAAACUCUAGACCUUCUGUUAUUUCAGAUGGGGUGGGGAAGCAUUUGCAGAAGACGCAUGAGGUUAUUUUCCAUGGCUUUGAUAAUUUUCCUGGACUACAAGUUUGUACAGCAGAGAGCGAAAUGGACUAGCAAAUCACAACGAUCUGUUUUAUGGGAGAAGACUCACGAGCGCAAUGCUAAGCGUGUUCUCAAUCUGAGUAUAGAGUUGGAGGGCUUAUGGGUGAAACUUGGACAGUACUUAUCCACACGUGCCGAUGUGCUUCCGGGGGCCUAUAUAUCUCUUCUCAAGCAGUUGCAGGACUCUCUUCCUCCUCGCCCUUUACACGAGGUUACUCAGACCAUAGAGAAAGAGCUGGGUCAAUCUAUGGAUGUUCUCUUCAUGGAUUUUGUGAAAAAUCCUUUGGCAACUGCAUCAAUUGCACAAGUCCAUCGUGCCACUUUGAUUGAUGGGCAGCAGGUGGUUGUCAAAGUUCAACAUCAGGGCAUUAAGACGAUUAUAUUGAAGGACUUGAAGGAUGCAAAAUCAAUUGUUGACUGGAUAGCGUGGGCUGAACCACAAUAUGACUUCAAUCCCAUCAUGGAUGAGUGGUGCAAAGAAACUCCAAAAGAACUUGACUUCAAUCUUGAAGCUGAAAAUACUAGAGUUGUGUCUAGAAAUCUUGGCUGCAUAAAAAGAUUUGAAGACGACAAUCUUGCCAAUAAAGUUGAUGUUCUUAUUCCCGAAGUUAUUCAGUCUAGUGAAGCUGUCCUCAUUUUGGAGUAUAUGGAUGGUAUACGCUUAAAUGACUCUGAAUCUUUGGAAGCUUGUGGUGUUGACAAGCAGAAGCUUGUAGAAGAAAUUACACGUGCAUAUGCCCACCAAAUUUAUGUUGAUGGAAUUUUCAAUGGUGACCCUCAUCCUGGAAAUUUCCUUGUUAGCAAGGAGGCUCCACAUCGUCCAAUUUUGCUUGACUUUGGGCUCACAAAGAAAUUAUCAAACUCUAUGAAACAAGCAGUAGCAAAAAUGUUCUUGGCAUCUGCAGAGGGAGACCAUGUAGCUCUUUUGUCUGCCUUCGCAGAAAUGGGACUUAAGCUGCGUCUAGACCUGCCUGAGCAGGCUAUGGAGGUGACAACUGUAUUGUUUAGUACUUCCACACUAGCAAAUGAAGCUCAAGAAACUAUUAAAAAUUGGUCUGAGAAAAGAAUGAAAAACAUGAAGGUUAUACAGGAAAAGAUGAAACUUAGCCAAAAGGAAGUUAAACGCUUUAAUCCUAUUGAUGCUUUUCCUGGUGACAUUGUAAUAUUUUCACGGGUCCUUGAGCUUCUUCGAGGGCUUUCAUCCACCUUGAAUGUUAGGAUAGUAUAUUUGGAUAUCAUGAGACCGUUUGCUGAAUCUGUUCUACGGGGAAACAUUAACAAGGGACCAACCGUAAAUCCACAGUGGAUAUAUGACACUCCAGUCAAUUCUGAUGUGGAGGCUAAGCUGAGGCAGUUAUUAGUUGAGAUGGGGAAUGAUAAUAAAAUACUUGGAAUUCAGGUUUGUGCGUACAAAGAUGGUGAGGUCAUUAUAGAUACUGCUGCAGGAGUGCUUGGUAGAUAUGAUCCUCGUCCUGUCCAGCCAGAUAGUCUUUUUAAUGUUUUUUCAACAACAAAGGGUGUCACGGCGGGAAUGUUGCAUUGGCUUGUUGACAAUGGAAAACUCAAGCUUGAGGAAAAUGUUGCUAACAUUUGGCCAGAAUUUGGAUCAAACGGAAAAGAGAUCAUAAAGGUCCAUCAUGUGCUAAACCACACGAGUGGUUUGCAUAAUGCUUUGGCUGAGGUAAUAGAAAAUCCUUUGCUAAUGGCUGAUUGGGAUGAAUGUUUGAACCGAAUUGCCAUGUCAGCGCCUGAAAUUGAACCUGGCCAACUGCAAUUGUAUCACUAUCUGUCUUUUGGCUGGCUCUGUGGUGGAAUAAUAGAGCAUGCUUCUGGGAAGAAAUUUCAGGAGAUUCUUGAAGAAGCAUUCAUUCAACCCCUAAAUAUUGAAGGCGAGCUAUAUGUUGGAAUUCCACCAGGUGUGGAAUCUCAACUUGCAUCUCUUACCUUAGAUACGGAUGGUCUAAACAAGCUGCCAGAGAGAUCUCCUCCUCCUGAACUGCCCUCUACAUUCCAGAUUGACAAAAUUGCGCAGCUUGCUACCACCAUGCCAGUUUUAUUUAACAUGCUGAACACUCGUCGUGCCAUCAUACCUGCUGCUAAUGGACACUGCUCAGCUCGUGCCCUUGCACGCUACUAUGCCACCCUAGUUGAUGGCGGGGUGAUCCCACCCCCACAUUCCUCUUUGUCCAAGCCACCACUUGGUAGUCAUACCCACAUCCCCAAAUUUUCUUCACAGGAGAAGUCAAAAGAAUCGAAACGUAAGAAAAGCAAGGAGGCAACUGCUGCUUCAGACAACAAAACAAAAACUCAUGAGCAGAAUCCACAACACAGUAAAGAUUUCAAGGAUGGUAGUCAUAAAAGAGAUGCUGGUGGUGAUGGUCACACUAGGCUUGAUAAGGGUAGCAGUAGUGGCAGUAUGAAUGCAAGUGUAAGCGAUAGCAUAAUUAUUAUCGAUGAUAAUAAUAAUGCUGGUAAGAUUUUCAAGAACCCUAGACUUCAUGAUGCAUUCUUGGGUGUGGGUGAAUAUGAGAAUCUAGCCUUGCCAAAUGGGCAAUUUGGAUUGGGGUUUAAGACCAACAGAGCGCAGGAUGGAUCAUUGGUUGGUUUUGGGCACUCAGGCAUGGGCGGAUCAACAGGUUUCUGUGACAUAAAAAACAGAUUUGCUAUAGCGGUGACCCUGAACAAAAUGUCAUUUGGUACUGUAACUGCAAAAAUCAUUCAGUUUGUUUGUUCAGAGCUAAAUAUCCCACAGCCGGUGGAGUUUUCAUCUGUUGGGGAUUCAGAGAAGCCUCUCAUUAACUGAAAGAGCAAUGUUAUCUGCAUCCAAUUUUGAUUGUCAAAUUCGAUAACCAGAUGAUAUGUUAUUAUGUGACUCAUUUGAGUAUUCAAAAUUAUAUAUACAUAAUUUAUUGUAACUGAACA